CUAAGGUUGGUUUUGUGAGAAAUUCAUAAUCUAGUAUCGCAGGUCCUCGGCUAUAAUUAUGUAUUUUAACCUUUCACUUUUAAUACUUCUAUAUUAAUCUAUUUAUGAUAAACAGUACUUUAUUUUAAACAACGAGAGGAACAAAUCCUCUGUUUAUGGCAAUGAGAUAAUUACUUUUGACUGCGCCGAAAAUAUAUUCGCAAUCACGUAAUGUAUACGUUAUAAACGUUAUUUUGACCGAUUACGAAAGUACGAAAGUUUCCACGGUCGUUUUAAAGUUAUAUGUUAUUGAAAAUAUAAAAUGGCAAAUGAAUAGGUACAAGUAAAAAUGUAAAAUAGCUGAUGUUUUAACGUGUAUUCUAUACAAAACAUAAUAUUAUACACGUGCUUAUAGUUACGCCGUAUUGGGCGAAAAUAGUUCGGGAAAGUCAGUAUUGCUGAGGUGUCUGUCGGGCAUUUUGGAACAAGACGCUGGUGACGUGAUAAUGACGGACGACGUUCCAGUGACCUCCGGUGGCAGUGGCAUGACAGGUGGUCCUGGGGGCAGUGGUGUCGGUUCGGAGCAGACAGUCACGAGGCGACAUCCCAAGAUCGGAUUUGCCCCACAGAAUUUCGAUGUGCCUGGACCGAUGCGAAUAUAUCACCUACUGUACUUCAUCGGUGCCGUCAAUGGACUAAUCGUUGCCCAACUCGUAGACAGGUACAAGAGCAUAGUACCGAUGACCGGGCUGCCUGUGAACACGAACUUCUUGGUCAACCAACUAAGAUUAAGCCAGAAGAAAGUUUUAUCUCUGGUGUUAGCAAUUCUACACGAUCCCGAAGUUGUUAUUUUAGACGACAUCACUACUGGCAUGGACACCGUAACGUUAAAAAAGUAGGUUAACCUUUUUUAUUGUGCUAUGCAUUGUUGUUACAUGUUUAAAGAAGCGUUUAUUAUUAUUCAUUAUGUAUACUUGAAAGGAUUAUGAAUAUUGCUUAAAUCUUAUCUAUAUGACUAUAUCUAAUAUCUAUGUAGAUUGUUCUUUAAUACAUAAAUCAUCAUGAUGGUGUCCCAUAAGACGAGCAAUGUCUCCUUUGCAAUUAUCAAUAUGGUGUUAACUGGAUUAUAUAUAUAUAUAUGUAUUAAUUAUUAGGUACAUUAACCUGUUAAUUAUGAACUCUGUAUAAAGCGAUUACCUCUACGAACACGAUAUGUUCUUUAAUUACAUCAGUAUUAUGUCAUUAUUUAAAUUAUUAUAAAGAAGAAAAUAGCCUUAUCGACGCUGCAACAUAAUAAUAUAUAAGCCAUAUAUUAUGCUAUAAUGUUGAACCCUUUUUUUCUUUCCGUUUCGAUACCGA